CUAGCGCCGUUUCAUUCAGUGUGCGGUGCCUGUGCGUUCGAGAUACCAACACACUUUUAAUACCAAGGAUUUCAACACCUUUCAAGUAUUUCCUCGUCGUCAGAAGGAGCUGAGAUGGAAGUCGUGGCCGGUCUUGACCUUGUAACGGUCGUCCUCCUGUUCUUCUGGGUCGUUUACCUGUGGGAGAACUACCUUUCCUUCAGACAGCGCGAAGUCUACAAGACGACCAAGGACAUCCCCUGGGAGCUUCGGUCGGUUCUGGAACACGAGACGUUUGAGAAGGCGCGGCUGUACCAGCUGGACAAGAACGGCUUCAGCUUCUGGGCGGGGCUGUACUCACAGCUGGAGAUGACCGUUAUCUUACUGCUGGGUGGGAUCCCGUUCCUAUGGAGGGUGUCUGGGGAUAUAACAGGAUACUUCGGCUACGGACCCAAGUAUGAGGUGCUGUGA